GGUAUUUGUCAGACAAAAAUGCCCCAAUUAUCCAGCUGCUCUCAGGGUUUUGCUGACAUGCCAGACUGGUGGCGGAGGCUGCUGUGGAAAACAAGCGGAGCUGAGCAGAGGACGGAAGAAGCUCAAACUUACUUCGAACACAGCAACCCUGCUCUUGAGGACGUGUGAUGAUGUUCUAGCACCCUCCUGUGGCACAUGAGGACAUGGUGAUCUCAGUCUGCCAGGCCCUGCUCACUUAUGUGCCCCUUCUGUGGUUCGUAAGAGUGACCGGUGGGAUGCCUGACCCCGCUCAGAGGGACCUGCUGAUGCGCCAGGAGGCGUUCAGACAGACGGGAGGCCGGGUGGCGCUGACGGCGGCUGAGCAGAAGCUGGAUGCUUACCUCCAUCACUUAAAGGAGAAAGAGAUGUCAGCUGCACAGUUUCCUCCUGCCAUCCACUUCUUUAAAGCAAAGCCCCUCAUCGAGAAGAGCUCGAUCUUCAGACUGCUGCAGAAGAUGCCCAAAGGUGCAGCCCUGCACAUCCACAGCUCCGCCCUGGUCAGCGUCGAAUGGCUGGUGAAAAACGUCACCUACAGGCCGCACUGCUACGUCUGCUUCACGUGGGACAACUCGGUCCGCUUUUUGUUCUCCAACCGCCAGCCCUUCCCACGGUGGGACUGUUUCUACUGGCAGCUGCUCGAGACCUUGAGAGCCAAAAUAGGAGACCCCACGGGCUUUGACGACAGUUUAAUGCGGCACCUCACGCUGUUCACUGAGGAUCCAGAUGGUGAGUACCCAAACCAAGAUGUUGUGUGGGACAAGUUUGAGAAAGCCUUUAUCGCAGCUGCUGGACUAAUCACCCACGCCCCGGUGCUGAGGGACUACUUCUACAAGGGUCUAACUGAGCUUCAGCUCGACAACAUCAUGUAUCUGGAGCUCAGGAGUGGCCUCUCAAGGACGUAUGAACUUGAUGGAACCAUUCACGAUAAGGUUUGGUCUCUGAAAAUAUUUCAAGAAGUGACGAAGAAAUUUAUAGCCAAUCACCCGGACUUCCUCGGGGCCCGCAUCAUCAUUUCUGUACACAGGGCCCUGAGUGUAUCUGAGGUUAAAGCAGCCGUGAAAGAAGCCAUUCAGCUGCAAAAGGACUUCCCAGAUGUUGUUGCAGGAUUUGACAUGGUUGGCAGGGAGGACAGUGGCAGGACGCUUUGGUACUUCAGAGAGGCGCUUUCUUUACCGGCUGAACUCGGUGUCAGGCUGCCAUACUUUUUUCACGCAGGGGAGACAGAUGAUGAAGGCACCGACAUCGAUCAAAACAUUCUCGACGCCCUGCUGUUCAACACCACACGCAUCGGGCACGGCUUCGCUUUGACACACCACCCAGUGGCCAAAGAGCUUUCCAGGCAAAGAGACGUAGCCGUGGAGCUGUGCCCCAUCUCCAACCAGGUGCUGAAGCUGGUAUCGGACCUGCGGAACCACCCUGCGGCUGUGCUGAUGUCCGAGGGCCACCCGAUGGUGAUCAGCUCCGAUGACCCGUCUCUGUUCGGCACCACGGGCCUCUCCUACGACUUCUAUCAAGCCUUUGUUGGCAUCGGGGGCUUAAAAGCGAACCUGGGCACUCUGAAAGAGCUGGCCGUUAACUCUAUCAGGUACAGCUCCCUGCCGGCUCAUCUAAAGGAGGCGGGUUACGCCAUGUGGAAGAACAAAUGGGAUUCCUUCAUUGUUGCUGACAGCCAAGCAGAUCCCUUUUGACCGGAAGGAUGCUUGUAAAUAAAAGUGCAGCUUUAAACGACUGAGAAUCAGUGAAAUAUGCCUCACUGGAACUACUGUACUACUGUAUCUGUAACGGGUAGGCUGAAUAGAUUUUUACUUUUU